GUAGAAUUUUAUCUUACCCUUAAUAAACACGUGCAUCAUCUUUCCAGUGUUUACAUCAUUUGACUACCGGUAGGCCUAGUUGCCAAAAGGAAAAAAGCGAAUUUAUGUUUAUCGUGUUGAUUAGGGAUUGAUUUGCCAGAAUGUCAGAAUCAGAAGUUAUAGAAAAGCCUGAAUCGGAAAAAGUCGAAAAACCUGAAUCGGAAGAAGUCGAUAAACCGGAAUCGGAAGAAGUGGAAAAACAACAAGUUUUAAAACCUGGAGUAGCUCACAUAAAGCAAGAAUUCUUACUAAAAGAUUAUAAACCUCAGAUUGUAACAGAAUUUCUGCCAGAUUCUUUAAAAGAAAAACUGCAAGCAAAUGAAUCCACGGGAGACGCAGAAAAUAAUGACGAAUCGUCAGAACCACCUGUAAAGAAAAUAAAAUUAAAGGGUCGAAAUAAACGCCGACCGUUUGAAAAGAAACCAGAUGAUGCCGACAAACUGUGUCCAUCAAUACGAAUGGAGAGAGAAUGCACGUUUGCUGGGAGAUGUCGAUUUUCCCAUGACAUAAAAGCAUUCUGUGAGGGAAAACCUGAAGAUCUAGGGAAAACUUGUUACAUGUUUGAAACAUUUGGUAAAUGUCCCUAUGGUUUAACGUGUCGGUACGGUUCGCAGCACAUUAGCGAGGAUUAUAAAAACGUUGUUAAUAAAGAAUUGUGGGAGAAGAAAUCUAAGGAUUUCGAAAGUAUGAAUUUAUUACCCAAGGAUCUUCAGAAACUGUUAUGGAAGAAAAAGUACGAUUUUACUAAAGCCAACAAAAUAUGUAGUCAAGUUUUGAAUCUGUUGGAAAAAAGACGCAGAGACGAAGAAAAGAAUCAGAAGUCAAAUAAAACAAAUACAGAAAAUGUUAAUUCAGGAGAAAAUAGCGAUAGAGAUGCAGACGGCAUGGCUUCCCUUUCAUCUGAGACAUCAGAAGCAGAAAGUAACAAUGAAAUCCCUAAAACUACGAUUAGUACAGAAGAUGCUUCAAUGACAUCUGGUUGCGUGACAGACGAAGAUCUGAUUAAAUUAAAACCUAAAGAAAUAAAAUUGAUAGAUUUUUCUAAUAAAUUAUACCUAGCACCGUUAACUACCGUUGGUAAUUUACCUUUUCGGAGAAUAUGUAAGGAAUAUGGUGCAGAUAUUACGUGUGGUGAGAUGGCGCUGUCAACUAAUUUACUUCAAGGACAGCAGUCGGAAUGGGCAUUAUUAAAACGACAUCCAUCAGAAGAUUUAUUUGGUGUACAGAUUUGUGGAGGUUUUCCUGAUACUAUGACUAGAUGUGGUCAACUUCUACAAGAGACUAUUAACGUAGAUUUUAUAGAUAUAAACUGUGGAUGUCCUAUAGAUAUGAUAUAUAAAAAGGGUGAAGGUUGCGCGUUGAUGGCAAGAAGUGGUAAAUUUGAACAAGUAGUACGAAGUAUGAUAUCAGUGUUAGAUAUUCCUCUCACCGUUAAAAUGAGGACAGGAGUUUUCUCUAGUAAAAGUAUCGCACAUAAUCUCACACCCAAACUUAGAAACUGGGGUGUUUCUAUGGUAACUGUACAUGGUAGAUCCAGAGAACAGAGAUAUACACGUCUGGCAGAUUGGGACUACAUACAAAGAUGUUGUCAGAGUGGAAAACCUAUGCCCUUCUUUGGUAAUGGAGAUGUUUUAUCGUAUGAAGAUUACAAUAAUUACAGGGAAAAAUCAGGUGUUGAUGGAAUCAUGAUUGCCAGAGGAGCUCUAAUUAAACCACAGAUAUUUAUAGGGGAGCUUUAA